AUGCGUCCACCCAACCACAUGCCUCUUGAGGGUGCAGAACGAAACACUGACAGGAUUGCCGGAACCGUCAACAAUCUGCGGCAUCUGCUCGCUCAGUCCGGAUUGGCAAUUGACGUCAAGACGACAUCCGGCUGGACCCCUCUGCAUAUGGCCAUCGUGGCAGAUAGCGCCUACGGCCGAAAAGCUGUGGUUGCUUUGUUGCUGGGUCACCCGAUCCAGGUUGAUGCCGUCGAGGAUGCUGACGGAAACCUGACGACGUUGACGGCCGUGGAACUGGCAGCGAGGCAUGGACACGCCGAGAUUGUGAGUAUGUUGUUGGACUCGGGAGCCAGACCUGGGCCGCCAGCUGGGGGGCAGGCAGCGGUCGUUUCGAUGCUUCUGGACCAACAACGGCCCGGUUUGGACGGCAGCUGGAGAGACCAUCGUGGGUUUACGGCGCUGGACUGCACGUUGAAUCGGGAUCGGGGGGACAUGGUGGCAAUCCUGUUAAGUAAAGAACAGAACCCACAGCAUCCAGCGACUCUGUUGCAUGCUAUGGUGCGGCUGAGCUGUGGGUCGAUCCUGGCUAUGCUGCUGGCCCAGCGCAAGUAUGCAAAAGAGAUCAACACGACAGAUGCCAACAGAUGGUCUCCGCUGUAUAUGACAGCUACAAGAGGGUCUACUCCACUACAACUUGCUGUGCGAUACGGCCAGACUCAGAUCGUGGCAGCGCUGCUGCAAGUGGUCCGAUGGGAGGAAUGCCAGAGCCCGAUUUCUCCCACCAUCACCGAAGGACUUACUCCAAUACAUAUAGGAGUCCGCUCGGGCGAAAUGGAUAUCAUAAGGCUUCUUUUGCGCGACAGAUGGCCUGUUGACGCACGCUGCUCCCGGGGUUCUACAGCUCUGCACUGUGCAAGCAUGUCGGAUCAGCAAGAUGCGCUUCGUCUGCUGCUUCAGCAAGGAGCCGACCCGUUGGUGCGUGAUCAGGAACAAAUGACGCCAUUGCUUCUGGCAGCAGAAGCGGGGAAUGUCCAGGUCAUGCAGCAACUGCUCCUCCGGGAGAAGAAUAUCCAGCGACAUCUCCCUGCGCUAGCAGCACGGAAGCUUCCUCCAGCCUAUGAGCAAAUACUUGUGCCGUUUCUCUUAAACAAGGGCUGCAACAAUCUCAGCGAGCUGGUUGAUGGGCUGACGGUCUUACACCAGGCGGCGCAGAGUGGAUAUACCAUUAUAGUGAAGUUCAUGCUACGGAGUAGUGCCAAGGUUUCUGUCAAGGAUCGGGAGGGUUACACUCCAGCUGAAGUGGCUGCCACACAGGGCCAUUUCAAUUUGGUCUAUAUAUUAGAUCCGGAACCGUUGCUGCAGGUGGAGCGGUUGAUUCACCAUGCGGUCAGAAAGCGAAACGUCGAGCAGGUGUACAAAUUACUCACGGCUGCCCCAAAGACUUUGCGAAAACGAGCGAAGGCGAUGGUGAUGGCUGCAACGGCUCUCACUCACCAAAAGUCACUUAAUACCACUCUGACGCGCGGGAUCAGUAUCGACGAGGACCAGGGAUGGGGAUGGCGACCGUUGUACGUAGCAACCUUAAAGGGGGAGCAGCGGGCGAUGCAACUUCUGCUCACCCAUGGGGCCAACCCGAACCUGAAAACCAACGCGGGAAUCACUCCGCUGCUGCAGGCCGCCGAAGGAGGAGUGGCGGCACGAUGUGGCCAUGAGGCAACAGUGGUUGCACUCCUGGAAGCGGGUGCUAAUGCCCAUGCCCCGGAUACCAGUGGUCAGACAGCUCUAGACCUUGCCUUGGAUCAGGGGGCCAAAAAUAUCGUCCAGUCUAUCACUGAGUUUCUUGCCCAGCGGGAGAAGAAACAAUAG